AUGGCUUUUACGCGCCCUCUUUCUCUGCCUCCAGGAGUCACUGAGCAGUCUUUCCGCAAUUUCAUCGAAAGGAUCGCCAGGACGGUUCCGGAUGUCACGAUAGUAGAGUCAAAGGACCAAUUUCCGGAUGGCGGAUACCUCGAGCAACCCUCGAGCCAUGAUCCGUUCUACGUACAAGAAAAGGACCACUUCAUUGCUUCAGCGUUCGUCUGCCCGAGAUCCGUAGACGAAGUGCAGGACGUCGUGCGCGCAGCGGGAGACUUUGGGAUUCCCCUAUGGCCAAUAUCUCUUGGGAGAAACCUAGGCUACGGAGGUGCUGCUCCGCGUGUCAGAGGCAGCAUCGUGCUCAAUCUUGGGAAGCACAUGAAUAAGAUCUUGGAAGUCAACGUCGAAGGGGCAUACGCUCUCGUGGAGCCGGGCGUCACUUUUGAAGCUCUGCAUAACUACUUAGUCGAGCACAAUUUGAGAGACAAAUUGUGGGUCGAUGUGCCAGAUCUGGGCGGUGGAUCUGUUUUGGGCAAUACUCUUGAAAGAGGAGUGGGUUACACCCCGUACGGAGACCAUUUCAUGAUGCACAGUGGCUUGGAAAUCGUUCUAGCCAAUGGCGAAUUGCUCCGUACAGGCAUGGGCGCACUUCCUGCGCCGAAGUCAGAGACGGCAAACGCCACCAAGUUACACGAAGAGCCAGGGAACAAAUGUUGGCAGCUGUUUCCAUACGGAUUUGGUCCGUACAAUGAUGGGCUGUUCUCACAAAGUAAUCUGGGCAUCGUGACCAAACUUGGGUUAGGACUCAUGCCUGCUCCCGGAGGGUAUCAGUCAUAUCUCAUCACCAUUCCAGGCGACGAGGAUCUGCACAAGGCCGUGGAGAUUAUCCGACCCCUUCGCCUGAACAACGUGAUCCAAAACGUUCCAACUUUGCGAUAUGUCCUCCUCGACGCUGGCAUGAUGGGCCACAAAUCCGACUACACGUCCUCAAAGGAGCCCAUUGACGAUGCCACCACGGACGCCAUCGGCAAGAAACUCAACCUCGGUCGCUGGAACUUCUACGGCGCCUUAUACGGGCCCGAAGAAAUCCGCAGCGCAAUGUGGAAGCUCAUCAAGACGGCCUUCUCGGCCAUCGCGGGCGCGCAGUUCUUCUUCCCGGAGGACGUGGCGGACCCGCGGGCGGUGCUGCACAACCGGGCCAACGUGCUGCAGGGGAUCCCGAGCUACGAGGAGCUGCGGUGGGUCGACUGGGUGCCCAACGGCGCGCACGUCGCCUUCUCGCCCAUCAGCCGCAUCUCGGGCGACGACGCGCUGCGCCAGUACCGGCUGGCCAAGCGCCGCUGCCGCGAGGCCGGCUUCGACUACAUGGGUACCUUCACCGUCGGCAUGCGCGAGAUGCACCACAUCGUCGAGGUCGUCUUCGACCGCUCCGACGCCGGCCAGCGCCGCCGCGCUGAGAAGCUGAUCCGUGAUUUGAUCGCUGAGUGCGCGGCGCUGGGGUGGGGCGAGUAUAGGACCCAUCUGGCGUUUAUGGAUCAGAUUGCGGAGACGUACGGGUGGAAUGAUAACGCGCAGAUGCGGUUCAACGAGACGGUGAAAAAUGCGUUGGAUCCGAAAGGCAUCUUGGCGCCGGGGAAGAGCGGGGUGUGGCCGAAGCGGUUUCUGGACCUUAAGGCGAAGCUGUGA